CUCACUCGGAGUGACAUUGUAUCCUCGCCCUCUCUAUGUACAAUUUCCUCUUUGGGUACUGAUCUGUUGCUUGGCUAUUUACUUUUAUUUCUCUCUGUGUGUCGUGAUUCCUGUUGUUAAAGUCCUUUGUUGUAUUUCCCGGGUGUUUAGUUGGUGUUGUGGGUGGGUAGUUGGUGAGAGUGAGUGUGAGACACACACACACUCACACUGUCGUGUCUCAGCACAAGGGAAAGCGUUUGUGCCGGCGGCCGCGAUGUCGGAUGACGACUCGAGGGCGAGCUCCAGCCCCUCCUCGUCCUCUCCCAGCUGCUCGCCGCCCGCAGCCGACGGGGAGACGGACGGCAACCACAACAACGGCGGCGGCGGAGGCAGCGGCGGCGGAAACAAGAGGAAACGAGAAAGCAAGACUAACACCAUGAGCAAGAACCCCAAACUGCUCACCACCAGCGCCAAGAGGAUCCAGAAGGAGCUGGCCGAUAUCACGUUGGAUCCGCCGCCGAACUGCAGUGCUGGACCUAAAGGUGACAAUGUGUAUGAGUGGAGGUCAACAAUCCUGGGGCCCCCCGGCUCGGUGUAUGAAGGCGGUGUGUUCUUCCUUGACAUCGUGUUUUCAGCAGAGUAUCCUUUUAAACCACCCAAGGUGACAUUCCGGACAAGAAUCUAUCAUUGCAAUAUCAACAGUCAGGGAGUGAUCUGUCUGGAUAUUCUGAAGGAUAACUGGAGCCCAGCACUCACCAUCUCGAAGGUUCUUCUGUCAAUUUGUUCACUUCUAACAGACUGCAACCCCGCGGACCCUUUGGUUGGGAGCAUAGCCACACAGUAUAUGACUAACAGGGCGGAACAUGACAGAAUAGCAAGACAGUGGACCAAGAAAUACGCCACAUAAACUGGAUGGUCGUCAUUGGUCUCUGGUGCAAACGAGCUGCUCCUCACUGGAUCGAAAAGGGGAAGGGGCCGGGGGUGAUGGGGUGGGGGGAGGUCAAUGGCAGAAGCAUUCCUAUUACAGGUUUUAAAUGCGACAAGUCUUUUAUUUGCAUAAGUCUAGUCAGAACUCUUGAUGAGCUUUGUUAUUGUAGCUUAAAUAAUAAACUAUUGAAAUGAAUAGGUAGGAAAUUCACAUGGAAAAGUUCGAAGAAUACGACAUGAUGGGUCACGAAGACCCAGAUUUGUUACUGAAAUAUUAAGUGAUACCUCUUUACUGGUAUGAGUUUUACUUGUUUGCGUUCACUAUGUACGGUCACAAUUUGAAGAUGUUUGCCAAUCAGGGGUUAAAACAAAAUGGAAAUGUAAAGGAAAGCCAGCAUCAUUGAGAACUUCGAAAACCCCAUUAGAAUAAUGGUCAGAGAAUGUGGAAUUGUCUUCAUUCAGGGAAUAAGAAAUAAAUUGGCAGAAUGUUUGGGGGGGGGCAGGUUUUAAUUUGCAGAAAGCAAGGAGACAAUGUGAGAAGAUUCCAAAAUCCUUUCAAAUAACUGUUUGCCUUAUGUAAACUCAGCGUCACAGCAGUUGUGAUAUAGGGGCAGUUUCAAUUUAAUUUUGUACAGAUUUGGGCACCGUUUAAAAUUCACAAAUUGUAACCUUCAAGACAGGUCGAAGGCUCUGAGUCUGUGGUGGUUUCCAAUUCUACAAAUAUCUGUUUCAACGCACAGUUAUGUCAAUGGUCACGCUGUAGUCCAAUGGGGGUAUUGUAUUGAAAUAUGUAUGGCUGCUUAUUUGAUGCAGAGUUUGCAGAAAAAAAAGAGAAGUCUGCAUCUUAAUUCUAAUUUUUUAAAAGACUUUAAACACCAUUACAACUUGAGAAUGAAUUGUUAGCUAUUGAAAUCUUUAAAGUUCUCUCAGUUAUUGUUAUAAAUCUAUUGGCCUCAUUCACGUUACAAAAUUAAAGGAAGUUGGCCCUCAACCAGUCUGUAACCUCUGUAACUGCUGGUGUUGUCUUCGGGAAAUUUACAUGUAGUAAUUAAAAACACUGAUCAUGAAAUGUUACUCAGUGAGCAAUACUUGAAAAUCAGAUAAACUCCACAUUUACAACUUGUACAAGUUCAAGUUUAAUUAUCAUUCAGCUUUACAUGAAUACAGCCAAACGAAACAGUGUUGCUCCAGGGCCAAGGUGCAAAACAUUACAGUACCAACAGUCACACACAGCACAUAUGGGAUAGGAGUAAAAUGUACCAUCACAAAAAAAAACUCAUCCAAGACCCUGAGUCCCUGACUGUUGCAGCAUUCUGCACUCGAACAAAUACAGCCUGUCUUCUGCCGAACAAACGGUCUCUCCUAGGCAGCUGCAAACAGGCAACACCGCGACUUGAGGCCUAGUCUCCUGCCAGGCAAACACUGGAGGGCAGCAUUUGUUCCAGCGUGGAUGCCACAAUACACUGCCUCCAGCGUCGACUCCGACACCUCUCUCCUGGACGGCUGCAAGCGGGUUUGAGGUCUAGUCCUCACCACCACCGAAGCCACACAGUUCCCCUGCCGUCGGCCACACUAAUUAACCAGUGAACCAGACUCGCAGCAUUCUUGCAGGAGUCUUACACAACUUCUAUGUGAAUCAUCACCAUGUGAUAGGAUGUUAAGAUCCAACUUUGUUUUGGGCUCCUAUGUCUUACAGUAAAAACUAGUACUGUCAGUGUUAGAGAAUCUGGUUUGAGCUUCAAAGUGGUUAUUAAACAACUCAUUUAAUAUUUGCCGAUUUAAAGGUGCUUAUUGCUGGAAACUUUUCAGCAAAAAUGUUGUGUGCACGAAUAGCAAUGUACUGCUUGUUAACUGAGUUGUAAUGGGUGUUGUCAGUUUCCUAGUAAUCAGAGUUCAAAGAUUCAAGAUUGUUUAUUGCCAUUCUUCAGUACAGUAAAGGAGACCAAAAUGAUUGUUUCUCCGGAUCCGAUGCAGCAUAAAAUAACACAAUAAGAAGACAAUUUUUAAAAAUUUAAAAUGCAAUAUAUGUAAAUAUAAAAGCAAUAACAUAAAGUACAAUGUUCAAGUGUCAACACGAGGUUCUGCAGAUGCAACACGCACAAAAUACUGGAGGAACUCAUCAGGUCAAGCAACAUCUAUGGAAAUGAAUAAACAGUCAACUUUUUGGACAAAGACACUUCAUCAGGACUUGGCCUGCUGAAGGGUCUUGGCCUGAAAUGUCAUCUGUUGAAUACUUUGUAUGGGCACUGUAUUUUACACAGAAUUAUGAGGGGUAUAGAGAGGGCAAAUGCAAGCAGCUUUUUUCCAGAGUUUGGGUGAGACUGGAACCAGAGGCCAUGGGUUAAGAUGAAAUAUUUAAAGGGAAUCUGAGGGGCGGCUUCACUCAGAGGGCGGUAAGAGUGUGGAACGAGCUGCCAGCGGAGAUGGUGGGUGUAGGUUUGAUUUCAACAUUUAAGAGAAAUUUGGCGGGCUAUGGUCAGGGCGUGGGCUGAUGCGACUGGGCAGGGUAACAGUUUGGCAUGGACUAGAUGGGCUGAAGGGCCUGUUUCUGUACUGCAGUGCUCUUUGACUCUAUUUGUUCCACAGAUGUAGUUGGUCCUGCUUCUUGUGAAUGUUCGUAAUUUAUCAAAGGUAGUUUCAAGGUAUUGCUGUCACAGGACUUUAAAUAAUUGUGUAUCUUCAUUAAACCUGACACAGAACUAGAAAGCAGUAUCAGCUUUCUGCUUUUAUAUAAUUGUACAAUUAACAGACUAGAAUGUUUUCUGUAAUGGCUCAAGGAGGCAUAAUUUUAAGGUGAUUGAGGGAAGUGUAGGGAGAUGUCAGAGGUAAGUUUUUUACACAGGGAGUGUCGGUGCAUGGACACCCUGCCAGGGGUGGUGGUAGAGACAGAUACAUUAGAGAUAUUUAAGAGACUCUUAGAUUGCCACAUGGAUGAUACAAAAAUCGUGAGUUGUGUGGGAGGGAAGGUUAGAUUGAUGUUAAGGUAGUUUAAAAGGUCAGCACAACAUUGUGGGCUGAAAGGGCUGUACUGUGCUGCAGUGUUCUAUGCUAAAAAUGGAGGGAAGGGUCAGAUUAAUAUUAGAGUCAGUUAAAGUUCAGCACAACAUCAUGAGCUGAAGGGCCUGGACUGUGCCAUAAUGUUCCCUGUCUUACUGCAUUCCAUCAGGGCUGAUUUAUUGUUCCCCCUCAACCCCAUUCUCUUGCCUUCUCCCCAUAACUUGAGACAUCCUUAAUCAAGGAUCUGUCAAACUUUGCUUCAUGUAUAUGUGACUGUCGCUUCGGCUAGCCACUUAAUAUGGGGGUGAUAGCCCCCCAGCCCGGCCAAACUUACAAAAUCUUGUUUGGGUGGAUGCUGUGUGAUAUGUUCCCUGUUACAAAUCAGUACCAUGAAAUAACAAACAGUACACAAUAUGUGAUGAAACAAUUGAGCUUUAUAAUUCUUAAUUUGACUAUAUGGUUAGUAAAGAAAACAAAAAAUAGAAAAAGGGCCCAUUCUCAUGAAACACAACGUGCAACAUUGAAGCCCACUGAUAAGGCCGUUCGUUCACCAUUGACCUCCUCUGCCACUGACCUUCAGACCCUCGCUCCCAGUCCACUCUGUCCAGUGGUCUACCAACUCUCACCAUUCGCGUCUUCUCUCCCCGUCUCUCCUCGGCAAAAGACCGUGAAAAUCUCUCUUGCAGUUUCACAAGAAAGAACAACAUUCCAAAGCCCCGCUAUCUCUAGUCAUAACCCAAAUAUUGCUGCUACAGCGAAACCAUUACAUUAGCAGUGAAACAUUACAGAGUGUUACAUAUACCCAACCUGAUGACUUAGGGGAAGAAACUGGAUGAACCAAUCACCGUGGCGUCAGUCGACAGCCACACUCCUGACCUGUUGAUGAAGCGGCUGGAGGUGAAUUCAGAUGAUGCUUUCCUGGGGUAGAGAUGGUUGUCCUCCAACAGUCCAGGUUUUUCUUAGUGUGAGAUUUUGCUUCAGACAGUGGAGUGGCCCUGAUCCAACGGACUUUAAUGGUUGCUGUCAGGAAAUCUGUCACAUAAAAGGACGCUGGCAACCCUCCCCCAUCGUCAAGGAGGUGGUGAACUCAAGAAGCCGGCAUUCAUCAUUCAGAACCUUCACUGUCCAGGAAUGCCCUCUUCUCAUCAUUACAGGAGCCUGAAGACCCACUUAACAUUUUGGAAACAGUUUUUCGUCUCUGUCAUCAGGUUGAGUAUAUGUAGAGCAGAGGUUGAUAGGUUGUUGAUUAGUCAAGGUGUGUCAAAAGUUACAAGGAGAAUGGGGUUGAAAUGAUAAUAAAUCAGCCAUGAUGGAAUGGUGGAGCAGACAUGAUGGGCUGAAUGGCCUAUUUCUGUUCCUAUGUCUAAUGGUCUUAUUUCUGAACAGUCCGUGAUAAUUACUUUAUUAUUACUCAUUCGCUCUAUCUAUUUACACACAUCUCAGUAGGUACAGGAGUGGAACCUGGUGUGAUGAUCUGCUUCUGCAGCUCAUCCACUUCAAGGUUCGACGUGCUGUGCACUCAGAGAUGCACUUCUGCUCACCACUAUUGUAAUGUGUGAUUAUUUGAGCUACUAUCACCUUCCUGUCAAACUGAACCAGUCUGACCUCUCAUUAACAAGACAUUUUCAUCCUCACAAUUGGCGUUCACACCAUGCUCUGUAAACUCCAGGAGAUCAUCAGUUUCUGAGAUACUUAAACCACCCCAUCUGGCACCAACGAUCAUUCCACAGUCAAAGUCACUUAGAUCACAUUUCUUCCCCAUUCUGAUGUUUGAUCUGAACAACAAAUGAACCUCUUUACCAUGUCUGCAUGUUUUUACACAUUAAGUUGCUGCCACACGAUUGGCUGACUUGAUACUUGCGUUAACCAGCAGGUGUACCUAAUAAAGUGGCCACUUGGUGUAUUUAAUUCUGUAACUUGCAGUAACUUUUUAACCUUGCACAUUAUACUGCUGCCACAAAACAGCAAAUUUCACAUGUGUGUGAAAAGUGAUAGAAAACCUGAUACUGAUUUUGAGCUCAGCUGCAACACCUCAUCUUCCAGCAGUUUGUUCGUGGCUGUGCAGUGCAACCUUGUGAAAAGGGUGCGUCCCCCACUGCAGGGAAGAUAUGGUGGCAUGAAACUGACACACAGGCAGUGCUGAAUUGAGGCCACUCUUACCUUUAUGGAAGCUUUGAACUGGCCCUGUUUGUCAGAUUUUAUUGUACUCUUAGAUUUUCUGAAAGCAUUGUGUAUAAAUUGCUGGGUUAUUAUACUUGGCUGUUGCUCAGAUGGUUGCAUAUGUUUGGCCAAGUUCCAGGGCAGCUGGUCUGAUGAAUCAGCAGAAACCAGAAUUGUUGUUGAAGUCUUUUUGCCAUUUACCAUUUGCAAAAAGGGGAGAGCGAUUGCAUUCGGUCUUCAAGGAAGAUACCGGAAAGCAGGACGCACUGCCGUUGUAGGCUGCUCAGUGGG